AUGAAUACAAGGCCAGCCAUCGAGCCGUCGGUUAGCCCUGUGGCGUUGUACGCAGCCUUCAACGACGACGCAACGUGCUUUUCAGUUGGGUUGGACUCGGGGUUUUGUAUUUUUAAUUCUGACCCGUGCGAGCUACGGGUAUCACGAGAUUUCAAUGGCGGGGUGGGAACCGUGGACAUGUUGGCCAGAGCGAAUUAUAUAGCUCUGGUUGGAGGCGGGAAGCAACCCAAAUUCCCACUCAACAAGGUGAUAAUAUGGGAUGAUGCGAAGCAGAAGGCUGUAAUAACUCUUGAAUUUCGGACUGCAGUCCGAAGGGUCCGAUUAACGAGACAACGGAUCGUCGUCGUACUACAGAACAGUGUCCAUGUGUAUGUUUUUUCUUCCCCCCCAGAGAAGGUUUCUAUUUCCGAUACUGCCGACAAUCCCCUGGGCCUCUGUUGCUUAUCGUCACAAUUACUGGCGUUCCCCGGGCGUACUCCAGGUCAGGUGCAUCUGGUUGAACUCGAGACGGGAGGUGUGCGAAUCAUCCCGGCACAUACAUCUCCCUUGCGGGCUAUUGAAAUUAGUCCAGACGGUGAGAUCAUGGCAACAGCAAGCAAGACGGCGAGGCACAUUGAUACGCGUAUUUGGAACACGCAAUGCCAAAUGCUGGCAGUUACCUCAGACAAGUCGACGUUGCAUGUCUUUGAUAUGCCCCAUCCUUCAAAGGUGGCAAGACCAGAUUCAAGCAACCCUAACCGACGCCUCACCUCGAUGGGUAGUGGCAGUCCCUCGCCAGUGGGAGAUGAAGCUCCAACUCAAAAGUGGGGUAUCCUCAGCAGAAUACCCAUGUUACCACGUGUAUUCUCAGAUAUUUAUUCUUUCGCGUCGGCACAUUUCGAGUUGGGCGAUGCCGUAUCUCAAGAGUCCUCACUUCUUGACAGCACUUCUGAAGCCUCUAGGCCGCGGAAGGGAGUCAUCGGCUGGACCAGCGACCACAGCCUCAUUGUCAUCAGUGCUGGACGUGACGGGCGGUGGGAAAAAUUUAUCCUUGCAGAAGGCGACGAUGGAAAGCGCUAUUGCGUCCGCGAUGGCUGGAAGAGGUAUCUUGGCCCGUCAUGA